CUGCAGGGAGGCGACUGGAAGGGGACGUUCAGCGCGUUAUUUAGUGAAUCUCUCACCGAGGAUCCGGACCUCUGCAGACACGGUCCGCCCGACACCCUGCAGCUGCUGAAGUCCUCCGCGCACCGACGAACCACAGCGAGAAAUCUUAAGAAAUGGACCAAUAUAAGAGUGAGACACAAGAAGAAAACCCAAAAGCAGAAGCUUUAACAACAACUCCAGCUCCAGCAUCAAAUGCAACGGCUCCAUCCAAUGAUCCCUCGACCGGCCAGCCUCCAGCGCCCGCCAGGCCUCGGCGGCCCCAGAGAAGUGCCAGAGUGGAGGGCUCUGUUGACAUCUCUGAACCUCAAGCCGAGCCCAAAGCCGUACCAGCUCCAGAGGCGAAGCAGGAUGAGAGCACUCCCGAUGGCGCUGGGGCGAGUCGUCCCAAACCCUCACGCCCGGCAGUAGGCAAACCAUUUGGACAGCGCACUGGUCACGGCAUUAGGGCCGGCCCGAAAGGUCCAGGACACCACCCUGUUCGAGCUGUCUCAGUCCCCCACCCACCCACGAGUAGGCCCGACACUCCUCGCCUGAACCCUCAUGCACAGAGAGCCCUCUCUGUAGCAGGGACAGCCGACACUCAGGCCCAGACUGUGGAAGACUUCAGGGUGCACAUCAUCACUUGGAACGUGGGUUCGGCCACGCCACCCGAUGACAUCACUGCCUUGCUGGGGCUGAAUGUGGGUGACGGAAACACAGACAUGUACAUCAUCGGGCUGCAGGAAGUGAACUCUAUGAUUAACAAAAGGCUGAAAGAUGUCCUCUUCACGGACCAGUGGAGCGAGGUCUGCAUGGAGAGACUCAGCCCCUUUGGUUAUGUGCUGGUGACCUCCCAGCGGAUGCAAGGAUUGCUACUGUUAAUCUUUGCCAAGUAUUUCCAUCUGCCCUUCCUCCGCGGAGUCCAGACUGAGACCACCCGCACUGGCCUGGGGGGUUACUGGGGGAAUAAAGGUGGAGUGAGCGCCCGCAUGUCAGUGUUCGGUCACACCAUCUGCUUCCUUAACUGCCACCUGCCGGCUCACAUGGAGAACUCAGAGCAGCGCAUGGAGGACUUUGAGAGCAUCCUGCAGCAGCAGCAGUUUGAGGGCCAGGCUGCCACUGGGGUUCUUGACCAUGAUGUGGUGUUCUGGUUGGGAGAUCUCAAUUUCCGCAUUAAUGACCUGGAUAUGCAAGUGGUAAAAUCAUCCAUUGAUAACAACAGAUUCCCCUUGCUGUGGGAAAAGGAUCAGCUGAACAUGGCCAAAGACAGUGAGACGGUGUUAGAGGGAUUUCACGAGGGACCGCUGAAAUUCCCUCCUACCUACAAGUUUGAUGUCGGAACAAAUACAUAUGACACAAGUGGAAAGAAACGUAAACCAGCUUGGACCGAUCGGAUCCUGUGGCGUCUGAGAGCCGCUGCACCUGCCGGUGCCGCACUAAGCGAAGGGAAGCGUUGCUCCAUUUCAGGAUUGACCAGUGGGACCAAAGUGAUGCAACACUGCUACAGAAGUCACAUGGAAUUCACCGUCAGCGACCACAAACCAGUCUCUUCCAUCUUUACUUUGCAGUUCCCUUACAAGGUGGACAUUCCCUUGGUCACACUCAUAGUGGAUGACGAGUGGAAUAGCAUUGCUGAUGCCACAACAACAUUCAAACUGGCACCCAACUACUCGCGCAGCUCCUGGGACUGGAUUGGACUUUACAAGGUGGGUUUCAAACACCACAAGGACUAUGUGGGAUAUGUGUGGGCCAAGCAAGAGGAAGCCGAUUUCCAACGACAGGAACAGCAGGUAACCUUUACCGAGGAGGAAUUGCCCAAAGGCUCAGGGGACUUUAUCUUGGGUUACUAUAGCAACAACAUGAACACCAUUGUGGGUGUAACAGAGCCAUUUCAGAUCCAGCUUCCCACGUCAGGCCUUGGCAUGACUUCUUCAGACAGCUCUGACUUUAGCUCAGAAGAUGAAGGCACUAUGGUCCUGUCGAAGACGAGGUCCCGCAGUCCCAGUCCACGCAAGGGCAAACACCGCCGGGCUCGCAGCGGCACCCACAGCCGCAGCCGCAGUCAAAGCCGCUCUGGCAGUCCUGCACAGGUCAAAGUGAAAGAGCAAAACAUCACUGAUGGUCCCCAGUCCAGCGCCACAGCUGGGUGUGAGUCUGCAGGACAUCCAGCAGAGGGCAGCAGCAGCCUGGCGUCCGCUCCUGGGGAUGCAACCAAAACCACAGAUGAUUCAGGAGUGUGAUGCACCACUUAGUCCUGCUGUUGUCACAGGUCACAUAACCAACUGUUGUCUUUUAUUUGAUACAUCCACUACACCGUAUGUUUUCUGUAACGAAAAUGUACAGUCUCUGAUGCCAUCCUUGUCAGGAACAGCCAUCUGGCUUGUCCAGAAUGAUCACUUUGCCUUGCGUUCUUUUAUUAAGCUGUGCACAUAUUAUAUGUUUAUUUUUUUAUUUGUGAACCUCUCACUUUGUCCUGUUUCUUCUAUCUUUGUCCGUUCUCAGGUGUGGACAGUACAGGGAGCUGACACCUUUCAUUAGGAAAUACUCAAGGAGUUAUGGUCAUGUAGAAUAUAAGAGAGAUAAUGUCAUACUUUUUGAAACCAUCUUCCCUAUAUUCCAGUAGUGGUUUGAAAUUCUGCACUUACCUAGCAGUCGUGUCAGCAGACUUGGCACUCAGUUUACUUUAGUUGGGGGACACGUCUCUUUGAAACAAAUCUGCUCAAACCUAAAGGACUAUCACGACAGGGCAACAUGCUUUUUAUUCCGUUGAAAGCAUCACGUUCUAGCUCUAUCAACAAUCAAUCUCAUUACUGGUUUCUGUAAAUCUGCAAAUGGGCGUGCAGUUUGACUCUUGUUUGUAUUCACUAUUUUGGAAAUUCUGCAGGAUAUAUCCAGAAGCACAGGGAGCAUUUCAAAUGAUCCACCGGUGGGAUAGAAGUUCCUCUGGGGUAUAUAAAAAACUGAACGGAGCUAACGUAGGUAGAGACCAGAGUUCAGCGGGCUUGGCCACCAGCCAUGGCAGCAGCAAAUCCCCCGUCAGCUUAGAGAGUGAAUGUGAGCGUAAAGGCCUUUUAGUGGAUCGCCACAUCGGUGUAUUGGGAUGUGAUGGGUAUGGGAAGCUUGCUUUCACCUGACACAGCAAAGCUGUCUUGUCAGAACCAAUUGAUGAAUUAUUUGCCAGCUCCAGUGAAAACUACAGCAACAUCUGACUCAUGUAUUGCUUUUUACGCACAUACCUCUAUGAGUUAAUGGGCCUCAUCAAAGGCCACAGCAGCAGAGAGGUUGACUUACUUUUUUAAACAAGUUUACAGACACCACCAAAAUCACAUACUUAGUGUUGAUUUCCUUUUGAAUAUGUAUUAAAAAAAAUUGGCAUGAUGUUUUCAACAUGGAAGCAAUCAAAGACUCAAUUUUCAAUUUGGAUAUCUCCGACAAAUGUGAGCAUGAACUCUACCAUGUAGGGCUACUACAGGGUUUUGUAUCGUACUGUAAGUAGUAUGAUACAAAGGAACAUGUUCCACUGUCAUGUGAUAUUUCAAAUAAAUUAAAUGCUCCAAACUAAUAAUUUACUUUUCUCUCUAGCUCACAUCCUGGAUCCUGGUGAUUAGCUGACAGCAACAAUAGACACAUUAGUUGCGUGGCCGUAUUACCGUGUGACCUUUUUAUUUGUAUCUUAGACACUUUGUACUUUUGGGCUGUUGGCGUAGAACAGUGUAUACUGUUGUAGCUGUGACCUCAGUGUGUAUGUCUGUAAUCAGAUUUUGUGUGUAUGUGUUUUUAUGGAAGUGUGUGUGUGUGUGUUUUGGAUGUUGGAGGUAUGCGUGUGAAGCUAGUGAGUGGGGUGUGACUGUGUUUGCAUGGUUUGCUGCUGGACAUACUGUACAUUCCGGUACUGUGAUUUUUGUGCCGUAAAGUGCUGUUUUUGACUCCUCUUUGUUAUAAUCGUGGCUGUGACAAUUGUCAGAAAAACAUGUUAAGGACAGUAUAAAAAAAAUGAACAUCAGUGUAAGUGUUAGGAAAAGAAAAAUCAGGAUAGUUGUUUUCUUAAAUCUUAAAUUGUUUGAAUCAUUUCAUGGUGCAUUCAUGUAUUUUCUUGAUUUUGAAAUGGGAAAAUCUUCUGGACCUUUUGUUUAGAGUAACAUUUAAAAAAAAGAUUACGAUUGUAUGAACCAUGUCCUAAUUUAGGUCAUUUAGAUAAGUAUGAUCAGCAUUGCAGCCCUGACCAGUGAUUAUCUGUUGUGAAAUGUUUAUGAAAAAAAUAUUCUACAGAACGUUAUUGUUAUGUAAUGAUGUGGCUAGAAUAGAUGAAAAACAAAUAUGAAGUAUGGUAGAGAACAUUAUAUAGGAGACAAUCUAUGCCACAAAGUUUAUUUUUACUUAAAUUAUGUAUUUAUUUUCUUAUUUAACUGUUAAAUGAGCCUGACUUCUGCUGGCCAGUGAGGGAGCGUUAUUUCAGUGGAAAUUAUAUUACAAAAAUAUUGAAGAUUAUUUUCAUUUUGUAUUUGGAUCUAUGAAGAGUUAAGUUAAUCCAGGUCAAAUGUUGAUUUUAAUGUCUGAAAUGUAGAUUGUUUAGUCUACAGGUGUUUGUAUAAAUGUCAAUGAAACUGACAAAAAAUAAUAAUACAGCAAGCGAGGAGUGAGACAUUGAUUGUUGCAUAUGAGGAUGGUUUAUCUCUGUGAAAUCAUCUGAUCAAUGAGUAGAGGUUUUUUAAGGGUUGCUUGCUUUGUUCUUCAACCUCAAAACUAGUGCAACACUGUCCAAAGAAUAAAAUAUACUCCCCUUCAAA